AAUGACAAGUAUUUCUCACAUAUGUUAUCCUAAUUCAUCAGGAGGUGGAUGAGCCUUUGCAUCUUGCCAUGUCUGAAUUAAGCUUAAGCAAGGAAUUUCUCCAAGGCCGUUCUGAUGCCACAGAAGAACCCUACGGAGUUAGAUACGAGAUUAUGGAAGUACCUAUUGCUCUGUCUUUCCAAAAGCCUCAGGCUGACAAGCCAAAUCCCAAGCAAGGAAUUGGUGUCAUGUCAUGGAGCAACGACAGUCGAUAUAUCUAUACCCGAAACUAAACGACAGCGUGCUGGCAGCGCUCUGGAUAUGAGACAUCCAUCAUCUCGAGCUAGCUGCCAUCUUGGUGCAGAAGGACCCCAUAAGAGCAGCAGCAUGGGACCCAACAAUGCAGCCGUCUGGUUCUCUGCACAGUUGCCUUCUGCUCAAGGACAAAGACUCGUUCUGCUGUGCUGUGCUGCAAUGCCUUUGUUGCCGGAGUCCAGCGAAUAUAGCUCUGAUGAAUGAAUGAUGACAAAUACCUUACAGGCAUCAAUGAGAAACCAAAGCAGUGGUAGCUGUCACCGAAGCUUUUUGUGUAUGUUAGAUUGCUCCCACCAGCUGUUGUAAUCGAGAGUAGAAUGCCUCCGGCUCAUGCUUUGUUGUAAAAGUACGGUUGGUAACAUGUCGUAUCAAAUUUUCUGUUUUCUCUGUAAACCAUUAAUAGAAGCCGCCUGAGCGAACGUCAAAAGCUAACAAGUGACUUCUAAUGUCCUUGUCAUUGUGUUUGUUCAUCUUUUCUAUUAUCAAUAAAUUAUUUUCACUCUC